ACAGACGGACGACCCGGCAGGAUGGAGAGAUCCCAGGUGCUGGUUCUGGUCGUUAUGCUCCUGAGCUGCACUCAGGCUGACAACUCCUCCACCUCCUCCAUCCCCUCCACUUCCUCCAUCUCCUCCAUCCCCUCCACUCCCUCCAUCUCCUCCACCUCCUCCACUUCCUCCACCUCCUCCACUUCCUCCAUCUCCUCCAUCCCCUCCACUCCCUCCACUUCCUCCACUCCCUCCACUUCCUCCACCCCCUCCACUUCCUCCACUUCCUCCACUUCCUCCAUCUCCUCCAUCCCCUCCACUCCCUCCACUUCCUCCAUCCCCUCCAACUCCUCCACCUCCUCCACUUCCUCCACCUCCUCCACUUCCUCCAUCUCCUCCAUCCCCUCCACUCCCUCCACUUCCUCCACCUCCUCCACUUCCUCCACCCCCUCCAACUCCUCCACCUCCUCCACAGUCGGCACGUCGCCCACCGUGAACUCAACCAUCACAGAGAGCACUACGACCCUCGGAGGCGGCAGCACUGGCACUGCCCCCAGCAGCAGCGCCCCCACUAACAGCGGCGGCAGUGUGACGCCCCAGCAGACCCCUGCCCCCCCUGCCCCCCCCACGGCGGGGUCGGGCUGCGUGUCUGCAGGCCGCAGGCUGCAGCUGCUGCUGGCUGCAGCCUGUGUGCUGCUGCAGCGCUCCGCUCAGCCCUGAACCUGGACUCUCUGGGUUCAGGACGACGUGCUGCAGGCGCUGAGCCUCAGAAAUGAUCAGAACUUUUUUUAUGAGUAAUAAAAUGUUAACCGGUUCUGCUCGUGUUUUUCCUGACUGAAAGUCCAACCGGCCGCUCCGCUCCGCUCUGCCCCGCUCCGCUCCGCUGCAGCUGAUGGAAAACUAAACCCGGCUCCUGAUUUACAUCCUGAUUUUAAAAGGAAAACAGCUUUUAUUUAAAGAACAACACAUGCAAAUCCAGCUGGUGUUCUUUGUGCAGAGGACAAUGAAACAUCCACCAGACAUCAGGAAUAUCCACAUUCACACCAAGGGAACGCAGCAUUACUAAAGGUCCCCUCAGAAAAUCUGUAUCUGUAAUCUUUGUCUUUAAUCCAGAAACAUUUCAGAUGUUCACUUUAAAACUGAACCUGGUUCAGAUUAAUCAGGAUUCAUGUUGUGGGUGUAAAAUAUUUCCAGUCUGACAUCAUUCAGCCGCUCAGCCGAAUGAUCAAACAUUCAAAUCAGAUCUUUCCAGGAUUUCACAGCUUCGAUUGAGUUUUCCUGAUGUGAGUUUAAAUCCGUUUUGGUGACCAGUUCCUCCUUUCAGACUGAACUCAGCGACGCUUCGCUCCACAACCUGAGCAAAGAUUAAAAACCAUCAAACUGUUUCUGUUUAUUCAUCGAAUGUUGAAUUUAAAAUGUUGCUUAUUUUGGUGAUAAAUUAUUUCUAAUUAAAAUGUUAUUGAUUAAUAAAAAACCCUGAAAGUAGCUGAUAAACAAAAGAUGAAAAAUGUCCUAAUUUUUUGUUAUAUUUUCCUAACUUGUAAAAUAAAUAUUAUUAUAAAUAUUUCUCUCACUGUUUGCAUUUUCUUGCAGUUGGAAUUUCCUUAUUUGUAAAAUCAAUACCAAACUUUGCUCAACUUUACUCCUUUCCAUUGUUAACAAGUUUUUGAAUAAAAGUUCUCAUAAAAAAUGUCUUCUUGUGAUAUUCUGCCUUUAGAAUCGUAUUUAAAACUAAACUAUCUCUUCAGCCCGGCAGUAAAACUGCAUGUUGGUUUCUGGGUCUGUCGUUGCACAUUUUUAUUUUCCAAUAAAAUAUUUUCCUCUAGAGGCGGCGGCUCCAGGUGAGCCCCGGUGUGAUGGAUUUCAUUCGACCCUGCGGGACGUUUUGCAUUCGGUGGGGAGGAGACUGACACCUCCCUGAAUGGAAACAGGUAUCAGGUGAACGCCGCGCCAUAAAACGCUGCCGUCGGGAAAAUUUCCCCCAUUUGUGGCGCGUCGGGCAGGAAGACGGAGCGUUAGCAUCGACGGUCAGCAUGAAGCUGUGGGAGCUGCUGCCUCUGGCCCUGCUGGGCGCCGGGUUCUUCUGGACGAGAUCAGUGCAGGAAGCAACUUCUUCAGAUGCAACGGUGACAGGAAACGCCACCUCAGCCUGGAGCACCGCCACCUCUGCUGUCACCAGCAAAGAUCCCAACGACAACAACAGCAACAACGGCAAAGACAAGCCCACCAUCAGCACCACCAACUCCACCAACACCAGCGGCAGCACCAACAGCACCAGCAGCACCAGCAGCACCAACAGCACCAGCAGCACCAACAGCACCAGCAGCACCAACAGCACCAGCAGCACCAGCAGCACCACAACCAAACCACAGAAGGGAAACUCAGCAGGUGGAGGCAGCAGCUUCUCCUCCACUGAGCUGCUGCUUUGCUCCAUCAUGGUCCAGCUCACCUGGAGCUGCUAGGCUAAAUGUUUAGGAUGGGCUGGACGAUAAAGCUGAAAAAUGUAUCACUAUAGAAGCAUUUCAUAUUAGUCAAUAUCAAUAAUUAUGUAUUUUUUUUAAAUAUCUAAAAUAUUGCCAAACUGGUGGCGUGAUCUUUCCUGUUUUAUCCGGUUUUCACUUAACGCCAUUGGUUUUUAUUUUUCAGCAGUUAUGAAAAACUGUUACAAAACCUGAAACUGCUGCUGCACAAGUUACUCAAUAGGUUGUUGCUAGGCAACCGAGGUGAAAGGGAUUUGAAAACGCUUCUUAUGCGUCGUUGCUAGGUAACCAAAGAAUGAGUGAAUCAGUUGAAGUAACCUAGCCGUGAGAGGCUGAGCAGCUAAGCCCUUUCCUCUGCCUACAUCUCCCAGAAUGCCGUGCGGACUUCAGUGAAAUUAUUGAAUAUUCUAUCAGAUGUUACAUAUGUUGAUAUUGAUGAUGUGUCUAUCGCGGUAUAUGAGGUUAUUGAUUAUUGCCCAGCCCUCAGCAGCAGCAGCAGCAGCAGCAGCAGGUGGAGUUCCUCCAGUCACCUCCAUCACCUGCUGUUGUUUUAUUCUGUAGUUUCUUUUGAUUAAAACCAUAUUUAACUAGUGAAGCUUCGACUCGUUAAACGAGUCACAUGGUAGCAGUCAGUGUUGAGUUGUAAGCCUGUUAUCUAUAAACUGUAAUGUGUGAAAUCUAUAUUUAUGACAUGGAUACAAUAUUUUAAGGUAAAGGUAGAAUAAAUAAAGGUAAAAAAGAAGAAA